AUGUGGACACUGCUGAUGCCAUUGCUGGCGCUUGUGUCGCUGGCGGAUGGCGUAUCCUUCGCGCCCAACAAAGAACUGCUUGAAUGUGCAAGCCAGAUCCUGUAUAUGGACCAAUAUGCAUACCAGCUUCCAACAAACUACAGUAGAAACAUUCCACCUGGUAAAAAUACGACAGUUUAUAUUGGAGUGAACGUCAAUAGAGUUUCUGGAGUGGAUGAAAAUCGAGAGGAGAUCACACUUGACGUUUUCCUGCAAGUAUCAUGGGAGGAAGCCAGAUUAAAAGUUCCACCCGGUAUGCCUUUCAUCGAUCUGCCCUGGGAAUUCCGACAGCUAAUAUGGACUCCGGAUCUUUAUAUAUGGCAGCUACAAACUAUGAGAAUUCUCUCAGUGCUCCAAGAAAUGGCGUCAUUGAGACUAUAUGCUAAUCGCACUGUCUCAGUCAGUAUUGGUGCUACAAUAACAAUAAAAUGUGAAAUGAACUUUGUUUUGUAUCCAUUGGAUGUGCAAAACUGCGCGAUAGACUUUAGCAGCUAUAAGUACACAAAAGAAGACGUGCGGUUCGAAUGGCGUGAAGUGGCGCCGUGGUUCGGGCUGGCCGGCGAACAACGCCGAGAGUUUCGUCUGCCAAAAUACGUGGUCACAUUUGUUACCGACAAAAGUAAUCAUAUUCGCAAUUUUGGUGAAGGUGAACAUUCAGCGGCGCGAUUGCAAAUAAAACUUUCGCGUGAACUGCGAGGGUAUCUUCUAGAGAGCUACCUACCAUCAUCCUUAUUUGUGAUCAUCUCCUGGGGAAGCUUCUGCGUGAUCCCGGAGAUUGUUCCAGGUCGUAUGGUGCUGCUUGUGACGACAUUACUGUCACUUAUAACUAUGUUUGACACUGUCAGUACUAACUCACCAGACGCGUUAGAGCUAAAGUGUAUCGAGGUUUGGCUGAUCUCGUGCACUAUAUUCGUAUUCCUGGCACUGCUGGAGUACUUCGUGGUGUUGUUUGGCAUCCGAUAUGAUAAGAGUUGGAGCCGACGACGGCAGGACCUACGAAGGGCUGCCUCUGCCGCGCAGCUAGCGCCUCCUCUGCAUAUUAAUCAUUCUCAAAAUUUGCAGAGACUAGGCACACCUGUCACUGGCACGCCUCAAGGUGGAGUAUUUUCACCUCAACUUAGUGUAGAAGAUGAAGGAUUAAAGCAACAGUUCUCUCACCAGACUAUACAACGGUUAACAUCUUCGGAGAGAAGGCUUCGAAGAUCCAAUAAAGUUGGAUGUGAGACGAGAACAGUUAGUAAGGACUCGCCGAUACUAGAGACAAUGACGGCUGGUGAUUCUUCGGGAAGCUUUUUGGUGAGAAUCGCUACAAUAGUCGAUCGCGGCGUUAUGUUCUGUGGCGCCCAGCACGGGGCUCUUGACAAAUUCGCCCUAAUGAUUUUUCCUAUAUGCUUUAUACUAUUUACAAUUAUAUAUUGGACGACAUAUAUCAGUGAAGCAUAUCGGGCUAUGCACGAGUGA